GGACAGAGUAUAAGCAAGAGGGAGAGAAGUCAUCAUUUUACAUCAUCUCUCUCUCCAUUUCCUUAUCUUUCUUCAAGGAAGGUGUGGGGGAGACGGAAGGAAGAUUUCGGGUAUCCGCUGCUUGAAAUCGGCAAAUGAAUAUGAUGCGUCGCCUCAAGAGCAUUGCUUCCGGCCGCUCUUCCGUUUCUGAUCCUGUAGGGGAUUCCACUAUUAAGAGGGUGAAGGUUGAUGGUAUGGUGUUUGGUGAGCCUGAAUCAGAGCAGGAUGCAUCUCAAGGAACUACUAUAGUUGCGUCCAAUGUGAAGGGAUGUGAGAAUUCCUGCUGUGAUGGGCUUUUGAAGGAAAUGCAUGAAGUGAAAAUUAGAGAUGACAAGUUUGAUCAUCAAAAGUCCAACUCAAAGGAUAUGGAGCCUACCGUGGUCAGUGGCAGCGGAACCGAAAUAGGUCAGAUAAUUGUAACCACUGUGGGUGGUCAAAAUGGACAACAUAAGCAGACGUUGUCUUACAUGGCAGAGCGUGUGGUUGGGAGUGGUUCAUUCGGAGUUGUCUUUCAGGCAAAUUGCCUUGAAACUGGGGAUGAUGUUGCCAUAAAGAAGGUGCUUCAGGACAGGAGAUACAAGAACAGAGAACUACAUAUUAUGCGAUUAGUUGAUCAUCCUAAUGUUGUUCAGCUCAAGCAUUUCUUUUAUUCAACCACUGAGAAGAAAGAGACGUACCUCAACCUGGUGCUCGAGUAUGUGCCUGAAACUAUCUACCGAGUUUCUAGGCACUAUAGCAAAGCUAAUCAGCCUAUGCCCAUCAUAUAUGUCCAACUGUAUACAUACCAGAUUUGUCGAGCGCUAAAUUAUAUACACAGUGUGGUUGGUGUGUGUCACCGUGAUAUUAAACCACAGAAUAUAUUGAUUAAUCCCCAUAGUCAUCAAAUAAAACUUUGUGAUUUUGGAAGUGCAAAGAAAUUGGUCCGCGGUGAGCCAAAUAUAUCAUACAUAUGUUCUCGUUACUAUAGAGCUCCAGAACUGAUUUUUGGGGCCACAGAGUAUACAACUGCAAUUGAUUUGUGGUCUGUUGGUUGUGUUAUGGCUGAACUACUUCUUGGGCGGCCUCUAUUUCCGGGGGACAGCAGUAUCGAUCAGUUAGUUGAAAUUAUUAAGAUUUUAGGGACACCCACUAGGGAGGAGAUUAAGCUGAUGAAUCCAAACUAUACAGAGUUUAAGUUUCCUCAUAUCAAAGCUCACCCCUUGUACAAGGUAUUUCAUAAAAGAAUGCCUCCUGAAGCAGUGGAUCUGAUCUCAAUACUGCUCCAAUACUCACCAAGUCUGCGGUGUACUGCUCUGGAGGCGUGUGCGCACCCGUUCUUUGAUGCUCUUAGGGAGCCGAACGUGUCCUUACCAAACGGAAAACCUUUACCUCCCCUAUUCAACUUUACCCCUCCAGAGCUGGCUGGUGCGUCUCCCGAACUGCAAAACCGGCUGAUUCCCGAGCACGCGAGAAAAUCCAUACAUUGAGAGACUGAUCUUUGUCUAGCCUUUGUAAUAUAGAAGUAAAAAAAUAUGUGAGGUUAGGUUUCCAUUACAGUAUACAGAACAUUUUGCCAUUGUGAUUUUCAAUGGAAGGCUUGUUUGGCUAGUUGGUUGCCAAUUAAUGUUUGUGUAGUGCAUACAUAUUCAACUAUCAUGAUUGCCUUGGCUGUUAAUUGAGAAAUGUUUUGUGUUCAUUUGUAUGGAAUCUCAUGUUGAAUAUUUCCAACAUUUUUCAAAGUUUAUAAAAUAUUUUUCAAAGUCC